AUGCAGAUUUUCGUUAAAACCCUUACUGGAAAGACUAUUACCCUUGAAGUCGAAUCUUCUGAUACUAUUGAUCAAGUUAAGCAAAAGAUCCAAGACAAAGAAGGUAUCCCACCAGAUCAACAACGUCUUAUUUUCGCAGGAAAACAACUUGAAGACGGUCGUAGUUUAGCUGAUUACAAUAUUCAAAAAGAAUCAACUCUUCAUCUCGUGUUACGUCUUCGUGGAGGAAUGCAAAUUUUUGUCAAGACUUUGACUGGUAAAACCAUUACCCUUGAAGUUGAAUCUUCUGACACCAUUGACCAAGUCAAACAAAAGAUUCAAGAUAAGGAAGGUAUCCCACCAGAUCAGCAACGUCUAAUUUUUGCAGGAAAACAACUUGAGGACGGUCGUUCUUUAUCUGAUUACAAUAUUCAAAAGGAAUCUACUCUUCAUUUGGUAUUACGUCUUCGUGGUGGAAUGCAAAUAUUUGUUAAAACUCUCACUGGUAAGACAAUUACCUUGGAGGUAGAAUCCUCUGACACCAUCGACCAAGUUAAACAAAAGAUUCAAGAUAAGGAAGGUAUUCCUCCAGACCAGCAACGUCUCAUUUUUGCAGGAAAACAACUCGAAGAUGGUCGUAGCUUGUCUGAUUACAAUAUUCAAAAAGAAUCAACACUUCACCUUGUAUUACGUCUUCGUGGAGGAAUGCAAAUCUUUGUUAAAACUUUAACUGGCAAGACAAUUACCCUUGAGGUAGAAUCCUCCGACACAAUUGACCAAGUUAAACAGAAAAUUCAAGAUAAGGAAGGUAUUCCUCCAGACCAACAACGAUUGAUUUUCGCUGGAAAACAACUUGAGGAUGGUCGUAGUUUAGCUGAUUACAAUAUUCAAAAAGAAUCAACUCUUCAUCUUGUAUUACGUCUUCGUGGAGGAAUGCAAAUAUUCGUCAAGACACUUACAGGAAAAACCAUAACACUUGAAGUUGAAUCAUCCGAUACGAUCGAUCAGGUAAAACAAAAAAUUCAAGACAAGGAAGGUAUUCCUCCAGAUCAGCAGCGAUUGAUUUUCGCUGGAAAACAACUUGAAGACGGUCGUAGUCUAGCUGAUUAUAAUAUUCAAAAAGAAUCAACUCUUCAUCUCGUAUUACGUCUUCGUGGUGGUAUGCAAAUCUUUGUUAAGACCCUUACGGGUAAAACUAUAACACUUGAAGUCGAAUCCUCAGAUACAAUUGAUCAAGUUAAACAAAAAAUUCAAGACAAGGAAGGUAUUCCACCGGAUCAACAACGUCUUAUUUUCGCGGGUAAACAACUCGAAGAUGGCCGUAGCUUAUCCGAUUACAAUAUUCAAAAAGAAUCAACACUUCAUCUUGUAUUACGUCUUCGUGGUGGUCAAUAA